AUGACCCUCCUACGAUCUUUCCCACGAAUAUCCAAAUUGUUUAAACUCCCAAGAAGUAACACAACUCCUCGCAUCCAACCUCAAGCCGAAAAUCCACCACCACAAUACUCGAUCCGCAACGCCCUCUAUGUACUCUCAUGGGCGGCCCGCGGUCUACUGUUCACCCAUCUGUUCAUGACACAUGCAUACACAAUCUCAGCAACGUUGGGUCCUUCAAUGCUGCCUACCUUCAGUGUCAUGGGUGAUUAUGCUUUAACGUCGAAAUAUUAUAGACGUGGACGAGAUAUAAAAGUAGGCGAUAUAGUCGUCUUCUCUAGCGUAGUAAACCCGGGAGAAACAGUGAUAAAACGCGUAAUGGGACUUGAGGGUGACUACGUUCUUCGAGAUACCCCCGGAUCAUUACGAAAUGAAAUGUUACAGGUACCAAAAGGACACUGCUGGGUAACAGGCGACAACCUGCCCUACUCCCGGGACUCUCGUCAUUUCGGGCCCAUGCCAAUGGGAUUAAUCAAAGGAAAAGUAAUCGCAAAAGUAUUUCCGUGGAAGGAGAGGGAGUGGUUAGAAAAUGGACUAGUACCAGUGAACGAGGCCGAAGAAUAA